CAGAAAAACCACGCUGAGACGGAGGGAAGGAAACGUACACUGACAGACCGCAACCCGCACCCAAGGGACUCCCCGUAGGCACCCGCAAUCUCAUCCCCGACACAGCAGACGGUGGGACCAUGAAGACCGUGGUGGCUCUGCUGCUCCUCUGCCUGUGUGAUCCUGGACAGAGUGACUGCCAGACAGACUGCCUGUCCUGCAGCAACAUCUUGCCAAAACAGCUCAGUUUCAACACCAUGGUGUGUCUCAUUGAGUGCGAAGGCAACAUUUCCCCGGCCUUCUCCUGGGACUUCUGUCGUAAAGCCCUGUCAUCACCCAUUUCCUCUCUUGGUGGCACCAUGCGGAAAAGAUCUCAAGAGGAGGUAGAGGCCCUGUUUCCUGAGGAUGAGGAAGCAGUGGAGGGAGGUCUGUUGCUGCCCAUUGCUUUAGGGAGGUUUGAUCACGUGACCAGGGCACUCGGUGUGGACAGGGACCUGGGUGGCAGACAGGGCAGCCAGCCGAACGCUGCCUAUAAGUCCCUUGAGGAUGAGUACGAGGAUGGAGGAGACCAGGAAGGAGUAGAUGGUGACUUGGCAACGAGAGGACAGGACGAUGCAGGGCUGAGCGUCUCCAAGAGGUUCGGCGGGUUCGUCAAAGGGAGGCACGGCUACAGGAAACUGAUGUCUCCAGGGAGGUCGUACCAGAAGAGGUAUGGCGGCUUCAUCGGGAUUCGGAAGUCAGCCCGCAAGUGGAACAACCAGAAACGUUUCAGCGAAUUCCUUAAGCAGUAUCUGGGGAUGAGCUCUCGGGCCACUGAGUUCAACAGCGUGUCAGAAGACCUCACCCAACAAAAUGAAGUUUAGCGGAGUGCACCUUUGAGCCACUGCCAUUAAAUCAAAUUGUCCCUGACAUGUUUUCACUGAUCUUGUUUUGUUCUCCAGUCGCUCACAUGUAAAAGUUUUCAGCUGUAAAACUGAUGUCCUUAAAAAUUGACCUAUGGAAACCAAGCAGCUUACCAAAUAUUAAGCCUGUAAUCUGAAUCCUUGUUGUCCCACGUCAUAAGAAUUGCUGUUUCUGUUGACAUCCCUUUUAUUCAUAUGAAUGAUUAGAUCCUUUUGUCUGCAUUCCCAUCCAGGUUUAUCUUCCGAUUGAGAGGUACUAGAAAUAUUUCUCGCCUCUGGCAUCACCCACAGAGCUGGGUCCUCAGCCCAGCUCUGAACACCCUGAACUGUUCAGGCUUCCCACUCUGUAACACUUGUGAAUGCACCAGUUCACUUUGAUUAGCUGGCCAAGCUUUGUCCCUUUAACCUUUGAUUAAAGCUCUUACUUUGGGAAUUCUGGGUAGUCCUACAGAGAUUUGCAGUAAAAUACAUGAUUUAUCUAACUGGUUAAUACGAUUUGCCCGAUAAAUCAACAAUUAAAGUUAGUAUAAUUGCUUUCCUGAUCCCCUUUCAUUCAUUAAUUUCUGUGUUGGGUCAUGCAUGAACAUGUGGACCUCUUUCUUUAGGCUUUGCAUUUUACUGCUGAAAAUGUGUAAUAGUCUGUUAUUACACCUCCAUCUUGUGGCGAUUUGCAUAUCGCACUCUCUGUUAAAGGCUUACACCAGUGUUUUUCAUGUUUUGGCAUUAUUUUUGAGGUAAUAUCAGUUGUAAUGUUAGGUAUACUGUAUGUGAUUUGUGGUAGAUAAUUGAAACCCUGUUAAAAAAACAAAUAACAGCUAAAAUUUACUGAAUGAACACUGUGCCAAAACACAUCUGAGACAGAGCUACUGAGCGAGAGGUGAACGAGUAGUGAGCUAUAAGACGACCAAGCACUCAACAGUCAUAGAUGCUAAUUAUCUGUCUGCAGAACUGUGUGCAAGUGAGACUGGACACCAGAAUUCUUUGUGUGCAAACAGUAUUUGCUCUUUAAACUGUAUCGGUGUGAAUUUCUUUUUUUGUCGCCCACUAUGAGAGCUUGUAAAUAGUCGAAUUUAAACUUGUCAAUAAAUAUAGUUUACUAUUUCCUCCGUGGCUUGUCAUGCAGCAACUGA